CUGUUCUGGAUGCGUCUCCCACUCCAUCACGUCAAUCCCAAUACGUCCUCACGAUUAAAUUUAACAGACGAUAACAAAAGGAACACAAAAGCUCCCGUUCUUCCUCGUCUCGCCAGCCCUCCUCUUCGCCGCUCCCUCCAAAUGGCGGAGCUCAGAGAACGGCUCCUCCCACGAAAGCCCUCCGUCGCCGCUGUCCCGCUCCCCUCGACAGCCGCCCGCGAGUCCCCCCCCUGCUGCCGCCCCCUCUUCCAAGGUGUCGACUUUUCCGAGCUCAAGAAGCGGGGGCAGAGCCUCCGCUCGUGGAUCCGCGUCGACGCAGCCACGGGCGGAUCGCAGGUGAUCGAGGUCGAUAAGUUCACCAUGAUGCGGCGCUGCGACCUCCCCGCCCGUGACCUUCGCCUCCUCGACCCCGUAUUCAUCUACCCCUCCACCAUCCUCGGCCGGGAGCGGGCGAUCGUCGUCAACCUCGAGAAGAUCCGAUGCAUCAUCACCGCCGACGAGGUGCUCCUCUUCAACUCCUUCGACGGCUACGUCCUGCAGUACGUUGUUGAGUUGCAGCGCCGCCUCGCUGCCGGCACGAGAGACGCCCUCGACGGCGGCACGCCAUCGCCUGAUUACCUGCCGUUCGAGUUUCGAGCCCUCGAGGUCGCGCUCGAGGCCGCCUGCACCUUCCUGGACGCUCAGGCUUCGGAUCUAGAAAUAGAGGCAUACCCCUUGUUAGAUGAAUUAACCUCAAAGAUCAGUACUCUUAACUUGGAACGGGUGCGUCGCCUAAAAAGCAGGCUUGUCGCUUUGACUCGGAGAGUUCAAAAGGUUAGAGAUGAAAUUGAGCAAUUGAUGGAUGAUGAUGGUGACAUGGCCGAAAUGUAUCUCACAGAGAAGAAAAUGCAUAUGGAUUCAUCACUUGAUGGUGAUCAAUCUCUACAUGGGUCCAGUUCUGCUGGGGAUGGAGUAUCAGUUUCUUCUCCAGUUUCACCUGUUUCACCACCAGAAUCUAGGAAGCUCGAGAAGACCUUAAGCCUUUCGAGGAGCAGAUAUGAGAGUACAAAAUGUUCUGACAGCACUACCGAGAACAUAGAGGAGUUGGAAAUGUUGUUAGAGGCUUACUUUGUGGUCAUUGAUAGCACCCUGAAUAAGCUGACUUCACUGAAGGAGUAUAUUGAUGACACAGAGGAUUUCAUCAACAUCCAGCUGGAUAAUGUCCGGAAUCAAUUGAUCCAGUUUGAGUUGCUACUAACGACAGCGACGUUUGUUGUUACCAUAUUCGGGGUUGUUGCAGGAAUAUUUGGCAUGAACUUUGAGAUAGCCUUAUUUAAAGCCCCAUCUGCAUUCCAGUGGGUGCUAAUGAUCACUGGAGUAAGCGGUGUAACCAUUUUCUCUUUGUUCCUGUAUUAUUUCAAGUAUAGAAGAUUAAUGCCCUUAUAAGUAGUCAAUUGUGGUCGGAGAGUGAAAUCUCAUCUCAAGCAUUAUGCUGUGCAUUAUUACGGUAAAAAUUAAGUAAUAGGCCAUUAUUUUAUUAUCUUUUCCCAUUAUGUAUGAAAUUCAGUAUUUUUGCGA